UGUACGGGGUAUAGGGACGCGGACACACGAGUGGGUGUGUGAAGACGUGGGGUGGCGCACUCCAGGACUGUCAAGGGGUCGGUGAGAGGUAGACAGGGGACUAUGAUGAGGGGAGGCAGACCGGGACCCACCGACCCGCAGUCCAUUCCGGUGGGUGGGUUGGUUAGGCUGUGUGUGCCCUGUGUUUCUCUUCAUCAUGUAGUUCAAAAUAGUGCAAAAAUAAUUGUUAAAUAUUAUUAUUAUUAUUAUUUUAAUCACAGUUAUAGAAUUGGGCCUCAAUGUUAGAAGUCGCAUCACAAAUGGCUUCCGCCAUGGAUUGCUACGAAGAUAUGUUUAAAGAGAUUACAAGAAAAUUGUAUGGUGAAGAAGAAGAUGUUGAUUUUGAAUCCGAAGGUUUUAAAUCUGUUGAACAUCUAACCGCUGCUUUUGGUUUGGCAACACGUUCACAUUUAAAGUCCGAAACUCCGUCAGUGGUUCAGCCGAAAACAAGUCCAGUUACUGAACCACAAGAAUCGCCAACGACAGCAACAGCACCAACACCUCCAACUACAGUGUCUGCAAAAAGGUAUAAUUGUGCACAUUGUCCAUAUGCAACAGAUCGACGAGAUUUGUUCACUAGGCAUGAAAAUAUUCACAGGGAAGAUAAACCAUUCCAAUGUUAUGUGUGUAUGAAACAAUUUAAUCGUGCCGAUCAUGUUAAGAAACAUUUUUUACGCAUGCAUCGUGAACAUACCUACGAUUUGAAUCGUAUCAGAAAACAGCCACCCAAAAAUGCCUCAGGAAUGUCUUUCUACCAUAAAUAUAAUGAAAGUCAAACACCAGGCACAACAACAAAUUUACAAACACAAAAUAUACAAAACACACAACAACAAAUCAAUAUUCCAACAGGAAUUGUAAAUUCAAUGGCACCACGAGCAGGUGCUGGUGCCACAACAAAUCAAACCACAACAUUUAAAACAGAAUUGGAACCUAUAAAUAAUACUACACCUAAAUCUACUACAACCAAAUCUAGUAAUUCAAAAUCCUCUUCAUCAUCGAAUAAGAAAAAAGGCGAAAAAAAAUUUUCGUGUUGUUAUUGUACAUGGACUGGUGUUGAUAAUUGGUGUUUAAAACGUCACUUAAAUACACAUUUAAAACCAUUUGUGUGUAUGUUAUGCGAUUAUAAAGCUGCACGCUCUGAACGAUUAACUACACAUAUUUUAAAAGUCCAUAAUAAGAGAGCGUGUACAAGGUGUAACUUUUUAGCUGAUGAUCAAGCAGCACUUACCCUUCAUAUACAAGAAAAUCAUCCAUUGGAUCAUCGUAACAAUCGAAAUGUCCACAAUAGAAGUUCACAUAACAACUCAUCAAAUUCAACAAACAAUUCAACAUCGUUAACACCAAUUAGUUCGACAUUCGGCCAACUGGAUACAUUAAAGUCUUGUUCAAAGACUAACGAAGGACAAUCCAGCAGACCCGAGAAUCCCAAGAAACGUCAAACACAUGGAGCCGAUAGAUUGUUUAGUUAUUUUGAAGCAAGUGAUCAUGAAUCAAAUCCAGAAGAUGAGACAGUACCCAGUAACAAGCCACCAACGCAACAACUGCAGCCACCUCCAACACAGAAUGUAAGCCGUCCAUCUUUCCCGCCAGACAAAAUUCCAAACCCGCACCAAAAUCUACCACAAUUUAAACCACAAGAUCCCAAGAAAAUGGGUGAUUUCAGCAAAAUGUUUUUUAAUAAUCAGUUUUUAGGAGAAGGGUCAAAAUAUAUGCAUGAUCCAACGUUAAUGAAAAAUAUGGGAGUAAAUUAUUUUUCGGAGCAAAAUUUAGUAUUUAAUAAAUUUUUGGAUGAAGAAAAAAAUUUAUAUUAUCCAAAUUUACCAGAUUCAAAAAAUAUGUUUUUAAAUCAUCAUAAUUUUGCAGCCCCAACACCAAAUCCAUUUUUUACACCACCGUAUAUUGAUAAAGCAAAAAGUGCGGCAUUAAUGAAUCAUCCAACAGUUAAUGAUGUUGCCAAAAUGUAUAAACAUCCGGAUUUUUUUAAAGCGGGAAAUGUAAUGACCCAAGACGACAACAACACCUCAUCAACGACAAUACAAUUGCCAUUUUUAAAAUGCACAAUUUGUGAUUGUGAAUUUUUAGACAAUUCGUCUUUGGUUAAUCAUAUUAUUGCUUGCCAUACAUUUAAUAAUAUGGUUUCUUGUCGUACAUUUCCCGCGAAAAAAUAUUGCGAUGAUCAAAACAAAGAAAAUAAAUUAAAACGUAAAUACAAUCAUGGCAAAAAAAAUUAUAAGAAUCAUUUGACAACAACUGAUACAAAUGAUUUUACAUUAAAUUUACUUAAAAAAUUGAAAUCGUUUAAGGAAUUAAAAAAAACAUAUUCUCAUCAACCAAAAUAA